AUGCUCUUGCGGGCUUCUCACCUGGUGGCCGCGAUGGCGCUUCUGGAGGCGUCAUCGGCCGGCGACUGGCUUAGCCCUGAGUACCGAUACAUCUACCAGUUUCCUAUGCCCAUCCCACCGUUGAAGCAGCCCAAGAUGUCGGUCAACAACCCGGUCACGAACAAGCCAAUUGACUACUACGAGGUCGACAUCAUGCCCUUCAAGCAACAGAUCUACCCCGACAGAGGUCCAGCCUCCCUGGUUGGCUACGACGGAAUGUCCCCCGGCCCGACUUUCAUGGUCACCAGGGGCCGUGAGACGGUCGUCAGGUUUACCAACAAGGCCUUUUUGCCGAGUGCUGUGCACCUUCACGGGUCGCCGACUAGGGCGCCCUGGGAUGGAUGGGCCGAGGACAGGAUCUUCCCAGGACAGUACAAAGACUACUAUUACCCCAAUAGCGAGAGCGCCCGUCAACUGUGGUACCAUGACCACGCCAUGGAAAUCACCUCGAUCAACGCCUAUUUCGGCCAGGCCGGCGCCUACAUUGUCCAGGAUCCCGCCGAGGAGGCGCUGGGUCUGCCCAGCGGCUACGGCGUGAGCGACAUCCCCCUGAUAUUGACCUCCAAGCAGUACGGUCGCGACGGCACCCCGACCUCCCCUGCUCACGAGAGGGAAAGCCUCUUUGGUGACGUCGUCCACGUCAACGGCCAGCCGUGGCCUUUCUUCCAGGUCGAGCCCCGCAAGUACCGCCUCCGCUUCCUCAACGCCGCCAUCUCCCGGUCCUUCAUCCUCUACUUCCAGAGCGAGGCCGGCGAGGGCGAAGUCCCCUUCCAGGUCGUCGCCUCCGACUCCGGUCUCCUCGAGAGCCCCGUCACCGCGAGCACGCUCGCCAUCUCCAUGGCGGAGCGGUGGGAGGUGGUCUUCGACUUCUCCCAGCACGCGGGGCGGAACGUCACGCUCCUGAGCCAGAGGCGUGUCGGGGAGGACAAGGACUACGGCCCCACCGACCAGGUCAUGCGCUUCGUGGUCGGGGAGGGCGUCGUGGCCGACAACUCCGUCGUCCCCGCCAAGCUGCGCGACGUCCCCUUCCCGCCGCCCAAGGGCGACGGCGUCGACCGCCGGUUCCUGUUCCACCAGAAAAACGGCCAGUGGAAGAUCAACGGCGUCGGCUUCAGCGACGUCGAGAACCGCGUCCUCGCCAAGGUGCCCCGCGGCACUGUCGAGAUCUGGGAGUUCGAGAACGGCGGCGGCGGCGUGCACCCCAUCCACGUGCACCUCGUCGACUUCCGCAUCCUCAGCCGCACCGGGGCGAGGAACACCGUCCUCCCGUACGAGGCCGCCGGCCUCAAGGACGUCGUCUGGCUCGGCCCCGGCGAGGUCGUCCGCGUCGAGGCCCACUACGCCCCGUGGGAUGGCGUCUACAUGUUCCACUGCCACAACAUGAUCCACGAAGACCACGAGAUGAUGGCCGCCUUCAACGUGUCGUCGCUGGCCGACUUUGGCUACAACGAGACCUCGUUCGCCGACCCGAUGGAUGAAAGGUGGAGAGCCGUGCCCGUCACGGCCACCGCCUUCAGCACCGACGCCGUCACCCAAAAGGUCCAGUCCAUGGCGGCUCUCCAGCCUUACGACAUCGGCAACGAGCCCUGGGAAAAACUCGGCCAGAACUUGUCUGCCAAACGCGGCGCCAUGUUGAGCAGGGUCAGGGUGGGCCGGACGUGA